CUACCCAUAUAAAUCUCAGGAUACUGAACAUAUAUUGUUCCCUAUGUAAUAUACAUAAAAAUGUGUGCGCGUACAUCCUUCUCCUGGCAACUAUAUAAUUAUGUAGAGUCCUUGACUAAUUAAUUCAUUAAAAAGACACUAAAAUUCAAGAGAGAACAACGCUAGAUUUACAGCAGUAUAUAUAUAUAUAUAUAUAUAUAUGAAAGUGAAGCCUUUCGAUCAUUCAGCACAAAUUCAGAAAAGCCAAAUCUCAUCGGCAGAGGAAGAUAGACAUCAAACACACUAGACAAGAACCCAUCUUUGUCAACCACUCCCUCAUCCGGAGCAACCCAAGAACAGAUACUCAUGUGCCAACCCAUAAAACUCUACAAACCGCCAAAUGCUGAACUUAACUAAGAACUACGCCAAUUCCCGAGCCAAAAUAUAAAUACGACGUUAAUCAAGAUGAAACUCCUCAACCAAUCAGAAAGACUAGUAGUUCAUGGCCAGAAGCAGGGUGCUGCAAUGCCCAUCUCCGGCAUCACUCGUUGGAGUUCUAGCUGUUGUGUAUGUUGUGGCUGUGAUUUUCGGAGGUGUUAAUGGCGAACUAUUGAUCGGAGUGGGCAGCUACGAUAUGACGGGGCCGGCUGCAGAUGUGAACAUGAUGGGAUACGCCAAUAUGGAUCAGAAUACUGCCGGCGUUCACUUCCGGCUUAGAGCAAGAGCUUUCGUGGUCGCGGAGAGCCCUCAAGGCGCAAGGUUUGCUUUUGUAAAUCUUGAUGCUGGCAUGGCUUCCCAACUUGUUACGAUCAGAGUAAUCGAGAGGCUGCAGUCAAGGUAUGGAAACUUGUACACCGAAGAUAACGUGGCAAUAAGUGGAACCCAUACUCAUGCUGGGCCCGGAGGAUAUUUGCAGUAUCUUCUUUACUCGAUUACUUCUCUUGGAUUUGUCCCACAAUCAUUUGAUGCCAUUGUCACUGCAAUUGAGAUGAGCAUUGCCCAAGCUCAUGAAAGUCUCAAGCCCGGUUCCAUUUUCGUCAACGUAGGAGAUGUGGAGAAUGCUGGAAUAAACAGAAGCCCGAGCGCAUAUUUAUUAAACCCCGCGGAGGAACGAGCCAGGUAUGGCCGCGAUGUCGACACGGAGAUGACGCUUCUGAAGUUUGUGGACGGAGAGAGCCGGAAGAGCAUUGGAGCAUUCAGCUGGUUUGCCACCCACGGAACCUCCAUGAGCCGGAACAACAAGCUCAUCAGCGGCGACAACAAGGGUGCCGCAGCUAGGUUCUUCGAGGACUGGUUCGCUUCCUCCACCACAAACUCCACCGCCUCAUCCCCUAACACUAGCACAUCAGAAGUUGCAGAGAAAGAUAAUGGAAAUUUGCUAGAAAAAGCAUCGAAUAUCAAGGCCACGGGAGGGCAGCCUUGCAAGAAAACAACUAGCGAAGGCUUCAAGGUGAGGAAGAACGAUGGGUCUCUGUUUGUAGGGGCCUUCUGUCAAUCAAACGUUGGAGAUGUGAGCCCCAAUGUUCUUGGAGCCUUCUGCACUGACAGCGGAUUGCCUUGUGAUUUCAACCACUCUUCCUGCCACGGCGACGACACUCUCUGCGUGGGCCGUGGGCCUGGGUACCCAGAUGAAGUGCUAAGCACGAGGAUCAUAGGAGAGAAGCAGUUCAAGAGGGCUGUUGAGCUAUUUACAUCUGUUGAAGAAGAGUUGACUGGGAAGAUAGACUGUCGCCAUGUUCAUCUGAAUUUCACAGAUUUGGAAGUGGACUUGAAUGGAAAGGUGGUGAAGACUUGUCCAGCAGCCCUGGGCCCAGGUUUUGCUGCUGGAACUACUGAUGGACCCGGUAUGUUUGGUUUUCAGCAAGGCGAUACAGAGAUCAACAAGUUGUGGAAAAAGUUGAGGGACUUGCUGAAGGAACCAAGUGAGUAUCAGGUAGACUGUCAAAAGCCUAAGGCCAUUUUGCUUGACAGUGGAGAAAUGUUUGAACCCUAUGCUUGGUCGCCGGCAAUUCUGCCAAUUCAAAUGCUGAGGUUAGGCAGGCUGAUCAUACUCUCUGUUCCAGGAGAGUUCACUACAAUGGCUGGCCGGAGACUAAGGGAGGCAGUCAAAGAGACACUGAUAAGUGAGGGCAAUGGUGAAUUUGACAAUACAACCCAAGUCAUAAUAGCAGGCCUCACAAAUACUUAUUCGCAGUACGUUGCAACUAUUGAGGAAUAUGGGCAACAACGAUAUGAGGCUGCUUCAACACUCUAUGGCCCGCACACAUUAUCAGCAUAUAUUCAAGAAUUUAAGAAACUUGCAAAAGCGAUGGCCAAAGGAGAGAAUUUACCCCAGAAAGGCCCAUCACCUCCAGAUCUCUCCUCUGUUCAGCUCAGCCUCUUGCCAGACCCUUCUGGUGACUCACCUCCCCCUGGCAUAGACUUUGGUGACAUGAAAGAAGACAUAUCAGUUCCUAAAAGCGGUUCAUUCAGAAAGGGAGAUAAAGCAAGUGCCACGUUUUGGAGUCCCAACCCCAGAUAUGACCUGUUGACCGAAGGCACAUUUGCUGUGUUAGAGAUGCUUCAAGGGGAAAGAUGGGUUCCAGCUUAUGAUGAUGACGAUUUCAGCUUAUUCUUCAAGUGGAAAUUAGAUAACAGCAGUUUAUAUGGCUUAGCAACCCUCGAAUGGGAAGUUCCAGAGGAGGCUAGCUCUGGGAUUUAUCGCUUGAGGCACUUUGGAUCAUCAAGGAAAACAGAUAAAUCCCCAAUCAAAUACUUUACUGGGGCAUCUAGUGCAUUUGCAGUGUCUUAAGAUAACAAUCCAGAAGUGCACCACUUCCCCUAGAUGAAAUAAAACUACGAGUAGCUGAACCUUUUCUGUAUCUAUCAGAAUGCAAAUCAGGUAAAUAAUGAUUUGCAUUUAAGAGUUUUAAGAAUUAUAAAGUGGAGAAAAUACUUUGAGAUUUUCCAGAACAUUUAAAUAGAUUUUAAUUCAGUUAGUUGCAAAAAUACUUGGAGAUUCUCCACUAUAUUUAAAUAGAUUUUAAUUCAGUCAAUGUGAAGUAGCUCUCUGCUUCUUAGCUAAAUUCGUUAUAGAGGAAGAAUCCCUCUGAAAAUGCCAUCACAUGAAUAGCAUAUCUAACAAACUUUGCCGUAUUCUUUUGUAUUUUGUUUCUGUUAUAUUGUUGUUUUGUAUGUUACUAUUAUUAGUUUGUUGUAUAGUUAAACCAAUGGCAUAAUUGUAAAUUCUUGUAAUUAGAUGAUGUUUUAGUUUUAGGGUAUUUAAAGCCAAAAUCAAUGAAUAAAAUGGUCAAUGAGGCAUUUUACAUACUCUCUCUCUCACUCUCUCUCCCUCUGUUUCUAAUAUGGUAUCAGAGCGAAUUUGAAGCCCUAGGUUGCCUUCCGCUUGCUUCACCUCUUCGUUUCUUCUUUUUAUUGACGUCAUGUUCUUCUUCUGACUACCGUAGUGUGAAUCUCUAGUCAGAGGUCUGUAUUUUUUUUCGAUUGCUUGCGACUCUUCCUUGUUUGGAGAUCUGCAAUCAACUAUUUCUUCUGGUAAUCGCGAAUCUUGCGAUUUCCUUUAUUCUAUAUCUUUCUUUGUUUUUUCAAAAUCUGUUCGUCCAUCUUUGAUUUAUAGCGACGGAAAAUCUAUCCUCUUCCUCGUUAAGGCUCAAUUCCGCCAUUGACGACAUAACGAGUCCUUUUUUCUUACAUCACUCUGACAACCCUAGCCUGGUCCUGGUGUCUCAGCCUUUGACAGGAGAUAACUAUGCUUCUUGGAGCCCAGCAAUGUGGAUCGCAUUAUUGGUAAAGAAUAAGCUAGGGUUUAUAAAUGGUUCGAUUUCUCGACCAUCAAGUGACACUCUUCUUCUCAAUGCUUGGAUCAGAAAUAAUAAUAUGGUGAUUUCUUGGAUAUUGAACGUUGUUUCUAAGGAGAUAUCUUCAAGUUUAAUUUUCUCUGAUUCUGCUCACGAUAUAUGAACUGAUCUAAAGAAAAAAUUUCAACAAAGUAACGGACCUCGAAUUUUCCAACUUAGGAGAGAAUUGAUGAAUUUGAAUCAAGGAUAAUUAUCCGUGAGUGCAUAUUUCACAAAACUUAAGACUCUCUAGGAAAAACUUAGCAACUAUAGGCUGGGGUGCUCAUGUGGGAAAUGUACAUGUGGUGGUACUAAAUCCCUAGCUUAACACUAUCAAGUUGAAUAUGUAAUGUCUUUCUUAAUGGCUAAAUGAUUCUUUUGCACAAGUUAGAGGACAACUAUUGCUUAUGGAUCCAAUUCCCCCAAUUAACAAAGUAUUUGCUAAUAUUUUACUCUUGUAUUUGCUUAUGGAUCAAAUUCCCCCAAUUAACAAAAUAUUUGCUAAUAUUUUACUCUUGUGUUAGUUUUGAUGAUGAAAAAAAAAUUAUUUAUAUCUCAAGUCAAAUAUGAUUUUCAAACAAAAAUCAAUUUCAAGUACCUUUGUAAAAAUAAAAAUCAAAUGAAUUACAUGUAUAGAGAUUUACAAAAACAAGUAUUAAGAUUUAAAAGAAUCUCUUAAAUGAUUUUUAUAAAUUGGUUUUGAACUAUUGAAUAAAUGAGGCAAAACAUUUUCAAAGGCAAGAGACUAUGCACGCUCUUUAUAGAUUGAUAUUUUUGUCUUUGAUAUAAUUUUAAUGAUGAAAUUCAAUUGUAUUUUAUGAUGAAAUUAUUUUAUUAAUUUUUAUUUAUUUACUUGGUGCUCUAAUUUCUUUUAUAUGAUUUAUUAAGUAGCAAAAACAAAAAAGUUAAUUUCAUCGUACAAUUAAAUGUCAAAAAUUUUGUUAUAGAUUUUUUGAUGACAUUUAAAAUAUUAUGUUUCUAUUUGAUCAAAAUUGUUGAAUGAAAAUUAAAUCCAACGCCAAAAUAUCUUGUCAUAAAUUUUUUAAUGACAUUUGGAAUAUUAUAUUUUUACUUGAUUAAAAAAUUUAUUAUUAAAUAAAAAUUAAUUUCAUCAUGAUAAAUUUGCAUUUGAAAUAUUAUGAUUUUUAUUUAAUUAAAAAUACUCCAAAAAGUUAUUUUUCAAAGAGCUUAAAAAUAAAAAUGAACAUUGCUGCCCUUAGGAUUCAAACCACGCCACCAGCAAGCUUAAGCCUUAAGUACACGCAAGGAACCACUCCAACUAGAAACUCCUUUGUUCAUUUAUGUGCACAAACUUAUAUUUCUUUCAAUUUGUUGACUAAUGCUUUCAAUAUGUCGACGAACUCAUUUUCAUCUGUCGACUAACCCUUGAAUCUAUCCACUAAGUCGUUCGAUCUGUCAACUAACAAAAUAUUUGCAUUGAAUGUGUCGACCGAUUUUCACUCAUCUGUCGACAAUUUGUGUCUCUGACAACCUCCAACGACUAGUUUUCAAAAUCCAACGACUACAAAUGGCUAGUUUUCACUUGAAACUCUUGGGAUGCUUAUAAAUAUAAAUCAAGAAUGAUUUAGAAGAGGCUAAUGGAUGAGAAUGAAGUGAAGUGAGCUUACAAAUUAUUUUCAUACUUCUCAAUUGUAUUUGUGCUUUCAUAAUUUUCUCUCAAAGGCUUUGAUCUUCAUUUGUAUUUAUUUGUUUCAAGCCUUAUAUCAUUUUGAGAGACUUGUAACUAAGAGAUUUAUUUCUUAGAUUCUCUCUUAUUGUACAUUUCUUGUAUUUCCUAGUUUUGGUAGCUAGAGGGCUUACUUGUCUAAGUAGGAGGUUUUAGUGAAUUGGUUUAAAAUCUUUAGUGAAAAGCUAAGAUAAUGGAUUAGACUUGAUUUAAGUUGAAUCAUUAUAAAUCUUUUGUGUUCUUUAUCUUUCUUGCUUUUUAUCCUUUAAGCAUUGCAUUUGUCAUUCUAUACAUAUUUUAUGUUUUAACUCACUAAAACUUUAUUUGUAUCAAAAAGAUUUUAAAUUCUAUCAUACCCCCUCUUGGGUGUGUGUCAUAGCAUUUCAAACCUAUAAUUUGCCCUGGUUAUACAAAAAGAAAAUCAGAGGACUAUUCUUAGUGCAAAAGGUUCUAAUCCCAUUGCAUUUUCUAUUAAGCAUAAUGUGAGCAAGCAUAACCAAAAUAGAUUUCAGAAAAGGCCUAUAUGCAUUCACUGUGGGUAUAAUGGACACAUAGUAGACAAAUGCUAUAAACUUCAUGGAUAUCCCUUGGGGUACAAGCCCAAGCAACAGAAUAAUCCUAACCAAACAAAUUCUAACGCUAAGUCUGUUGUUGUUAGUCAAGUUUCUGAUGCAAGAAGUGGUAAUUCUCAAGAAAUUAAAAGGUUUAUGCAGUCUUUGAACCCAUGGCAGUAUCAACACUUGCUGAAUAUGUUGAGUUCUCACCUAACAAUGCCUAAAACAAGUACAAAGUCUGAUACUUCUACUGAUCAGGUGUCAGGUACUUGUCUCUCUAUAUAUGAGAGUGUGUUGUUUAAUCCUAAGUAUUGGAUAUUGAAUUCUGGAGCCACUAGCUAUUUUUGCUGUAGCAAAUCCUCAUUUGUUGAACUAAGGCCUAUUAGAAAUGCUUCUAUAUCUCUCCCUGAUCAUACUAAGAUAUUAGUAGAUUUUGUUGGCACUGUGAAGCAUACCCCACAUAUUUUAUUGAAAAAUGUUCUAUAUGUUCCUCAAUUCAAGUUCAACCUAGUCUAUAUAAGUGAAUUAGUUGGGAAAAAUGGCUUAAGUCUCAACUUCUCUUCUCAUGCUUGUAUUAUUCAGGACACUCACAGUUUGAAGAUGGCAAAGGUGAUUUGAUUGAAGGCUUGUAUGUUUUUUAUGUCACCAAUGAUGCUUCUUGUGAUAGGAUGACUAAUAUGGGAUGUAUUCAAAACUUUACUAUCGCUCAUGUGAUUGAUAAGAGUACUUGGCAUAAUAGGCUAGGACAUUUAUCUUUUAAGAAAAUUGAUACUUUAAAAGAUCAAUUGCACUAUAGCAAUCUUGGACUUGAUUUUUGUUCUAUAUGCCCUUUAGCUAAACAGAUGAGGCUUUCUUUUGUUUCAAAUAAUCACAUGUCUUCGUGUGCUUUUGAACUUGUGCAUUGUGACACUUGGGGUCCUUAUCAUACGCCAACUUAUGCUGGGCAUCGAUACUUCCUCACUUUAGUUGAUGACUGCACUAGAUUUACUUGAGUCUUUCUUAUGAAACACAAAUCUGAGGCUAGGAUCAUUAUUCCCAAGUUCUUCUUUUUAAUUGAAACUCAAUUUAAUAAAGUGAUUAAAAAGUUCAGAUCUGAUAAUGCCUCAGAAUUAUAAUUUACUGAAUAUUUUGCCUUUAAAGGUGUCAUUCAUCAGUUUUCAUGUGCAGGCCUGAACAAAACUCAGUGGUGGAAAGGAAACACCAACAUCUCCUUAAUGUGGCUAUGCACUUCUUUUUCAGUCCAGAAUUCCUAUAAAGUUUUGGGGGGAUUGUAUUCUUACUGCUACAUUCUUGAUUAAUAGGACUCAUGCUCUGAUUCUACAAAACAAUUCGCCCUAUCAAGUAUUGUAUCAUUCCCAUGUGAAUUACUCCUUGACUCUACACUGCCUUCUCAUCGAACAAAAUUUUCUCCUCGAGCUAUAACAUGUGUUUUUUUGAAGCAUAUUAUACUGUAGCGUACAAUAGCUUUAGCUAUAGCUUGUGCCAUGUUUGUUAGUUGUAGCUUGUGCUAUAUUUUUAAGUUAAGUUGUAUAGGCUUAUUUCAUUAUGUCAGUGUAAGAGCUUUAGCUGUUAUAUAUAUAAACAGCAAAGCUAACUAAUUACGGUGUGAUUUUCAUUCUCUAAUCAGAAUUACGAAGUUAAGUGCAAUUUUUUUCUCUUCUGUUUGUUCAUCUAUCCUAGGGUUUAUUAAGUUUUGACAUGGUAUUAGAGCAUUCAACGUAAGUCAUGGCAUCUGAUUCAAAUCACUGUACCUCAUCUUCGAUUCCUCCUCGUUCGUCUUCCUCUCUUUCUUCGACUUCGCAUACUAGUUUUGGUGCAGUUGCGAAAGCUUUGAAUUAUGUACCGAUCAAGCUCGACAACAGGAACUACAUAUUUUGGAAAGCUCAAGUUCUAGCUACUAUUCGAGCAUUCGAUAUGAUUCAAUUUCUAAACAAUUCAACACCUCCUCUAAAGUUUAUUAUGGAUCCAGACAGUGGCGAUGCUGAAGCUACAAAAUUGAAUGAUGAUUAUAUGGAUUGGUUGCGGUCAAACCAGUUUCUUCUUGACUGGCUUUUCUCGACCAUUGGUAGAGAUGUCCUGGCAUAGGUGAUUCAUUGUGAAUCAUCUGCUGAGGUAUGGUCUACCUUGGAGAAGCUAUAUUCUAGACAAACCAUUGCAAAAUAUUUUCAAUUAAAGCAACAAUUACGUUCAGUAAAGAAUGAAUCUCUAUCUGUUAAUGACUAUAUUUUAAAGAUCAAAACAAUAAGCCAUGCUCUUGCAGCCAAACCUCUUCCUGAUAAGAAGCUAUUACUAGCUAUCUUAAAUGGUUUAGAUCAUGACUAUGAGACUGUUGUUAGUCUCAUAACAUACUAGAUGGAUGAAAUAGAUUUAGAAAAUGUGCAAUAUCUUCUUUUGAUGCAUGAACAGCGGUUAGUCACACAGAAUGUGUCACAUUUGACAACUACUUUUGAUUCACCUAUGUCAUCUUCAAUGUCAGUUAACGUUGCUUCUUAUUCCUCACAAAAUGGAAAUGGAUCUAUUACAAACACUAGAGGAGGUUAUAAUAAUCGAGGAGGUCAUUUUGGCACUAGAUGAGGUAGAGGUAGAGGUAGAUCAACUGGAAAAAGAAUUUAUUGUCAGCUUUGCGGAAAACUAGGGCAUUUUGUGGAUAAAUGUUACCACAGAUUUGAUAAAAAAUUUCAUCGGAGUUCUAGUUCUAAUUUUGGAAGAGGAAAUUCAGUUAGUCAGAUCAAUUUUCAUGAUUCUCAGGCAUACCUAGCU